AUGAUUUGGCUUCUUUGGCUAAACAAAAUUUAAAGUAAAAUACAAAAGAAGCAUAAAAAUCGUGUCUUCUUCGUUUGUUUUACGCAUUUCAUACUCUUCGGUUAAGAAUACUUUGCGAUGCUGGAAACUCAAAAAAAAGACCCUUCGCAAGGUGUACCAAAAAAAAACAGAACGCUCACAUUUACGACCCUGGAAGCUUGACGAUUCCAAGCAUCCAGCCAAGGGGGAACAGGUAGCCACGAACUGCUGGAAAUCCCGCCCGUGAAGCCAAUGUGAAAGGAACGAAGGAAGGAAGAACCACAAAACACAGUGACACCCGGACGGUGGAAGAGGAAGGCGAAAACGGUGUACACGGACGUGGCGUAGAACGGACCAGUGUGUAAUGGGAAAACGUGACCAACGACGCGCGGCACACGGAAAAGAGAAUCCGAACACGCAACACACACGAUGCUGUGGGCAAAGGGCCUGGCUAGUGGCAACAUGGGCACAUGGGGAAACGUGAGUGAAUAUAGAAUGUUGAACCGUGGAUGAUUUCGCAGAACGGAAAAGGGCACCGUGCGGUGUAUGUGCGCCGUGUGAGUAAAGUACACCUUUGCCAGCAGCAGCAGCAGCAGCAAAAAAAAGGUUGCGUACUGUAGAGAAUCUUACGAGCUCGGGAGAGUGCGCGUGUGUGUAAGAGAGGGAGAGAGAGAGAAUCAGAACGCAUCGCAACAUAACUCGAGGCUCGGACUGGAUGCGCUGACUUCGCAUUCUUUCAAUCGUUCACUGGAAUCCUGCGAGAGCGGUACGCAGCGCGACUACGUUAUCUUCCACACCGUAACAUAGUUGGCGGUGAACGUGUACGAAGGAGAUAGCAAGUGAGCAGCCACGAGUGUGCGAGCGAGUUGAAGAAAUAGAAGCAAACGUGCUGAUUUCAUGUUUUACUGUCUGUGCUAUUGAUUCGUAGUGGAUUGAAGCCGGUGGCUGGAAAUUGUUUUAAAUUUCAGUGCUGUAAAAUACGCAACCAGGGGUGGAACGAAUCCGACUGGUGACACGAGCUUUGUUCGUUUGUUUGUAUGGGUGCAGAGAACGUUCUACUAACGCAUAACGAACGCACGAACGCAUUCACCCGCGUUGCUGCGUGACGGCAGUCUUACAUACCAGGAAACGUCAAACUACGGACAAACAAAGCAACAAAAAAAACAAGAGGGAAAAACAACAACCACCGGCUGGCUGCUGCAUCUUUUUUCAAUCCGUGAAAGGGGUGCAAACGUGUGUGUGUGUGUGAAUGUGUGCGUUUCGUGAAAACGGUAACAUUCUGCGCUGUGUGCGAGAGCAGAACUGUGGUGUGCUUUUGUAACGCCAAAAGGCACACGGUGGCAAAAGCACGGAAAUAAUGGCGUCAUCUCACGCACACAACACGGCACGACAAGCAACGCAACCAACCACUACCCCGUGUGUGACUGCUCGAUGGUGAAGUCGUGAGCUGCACGUACGACAAAGUUCACUAAAGGGGUGGGUUUUUUUUUCGAACGAAUUACUAUUCUAAUGUCACAGUGAGUGACGCGAAAUUCACCGAGAAGAACAUUGAAAUUAAUCUCAAAGAUAUGAACGACGCCAUAGUCGGUACGCUUGGUACCGGCAGCAUCCUUACCGGAGAUUCACCGGAAGAUUCCCCGCUGAGCCCAACGGGCACGGGCGGCAGUGGCAGCGAGAGCAGCAACUCACCGAGCGCACCCUCGUCCAUUUCCUCCUCCACCAGUGGUUCGUCGGCGUCCACCUGUGAGGCGUCGUCACCACCGGCCGUCACCGCUCAACCGGCACAGGUGCUUUACAUGCCCGUCGGAUUGGCCAACAUCAAGGAGGAGCUGCCGGAACCGGAAAUACAGGCUGAUUCGGAACUAUCCCUAGAGGAAGGUCACGCCUUGGUUCAGGUCCUUGAAGACACGCCGAACGAUGAGGCACCUCCACCAGAACCGGAAGUGGAAAUACGAGCCGGCAAGCCGGACAAAUCCUUCCGUAAGCUCACCUCGGACAGCUAUUCCGCAAAGGCGGCCGUCGUGCGUUUGCAGAUGGGGAAGGUUACCUAUCAGCUGACAGACCAGAUGCUCAAAUCCGGUGCUCUGGCCGCGAUGCAUAAUCCGCUCCUUCUGACCAAGGAUCAGCUCGAACGUAUGAUUGCUGAGAAAGAUCCUGAGCUGGAGUAUCGGAAGCACCACAACAACAAUAGCACCUGGCAGCGUUAUAUGCCGAUGUACUAUAAAGGAAUAAAGCAGAACUACGUGCGCUGUCUCGAAUGUGGUUGGCUUGUACUCCAUAAAGCCAGUACCGGUACGGGCAGCUUACUACGACAUCGCUGCAAAAUCAAAGUGGCAGGUGUCGAGGUGAAGCUCGAACCGAAAGUAUCCAGUAGCUGGAACACUUCCCAGGGUAAGCCGGCAUCCAUCGCGAAAUCAGCGGCAGCCAUUGCUGGUAAAGUCCCACCGCCAGCAACGCCACCGUCCUCGACAUCGGUAGCGGCUCCACCGCAGAUGAUCAAGUACGGUGGUGGAACGGCACUGCCACAGAAUGUAAAGGACGAGCUGGUCCGGCAACAGGCAUGCGUACUGUACAAAGACAUCGUUAGUGCGGAUCUGUUCGAUCAUCCAAGCUUCCGGACGCUCGCACAGAUGCUGGUCAACAUCGGUGCAUUUUACGGUCAGCAAUCGGAAGGUUUGCUAGCGUCCCGUGACGCACUGCUCGAUACUGUUCUGCCGGCCAUGUACCACGAGGCAAAGGGUCAGCUUAACAAGGUGCUGUCGGACUGCGAUCUCACGUUCAGCUUCAGUCUGUUCCGGCACGAGCACGAGCGCCGCAGCUACGUAGCCAUCAACGCGUACACGGUCGCUUCCGACUACUACUUCCGACCACUGCACGUAAAAACGCUCGAUGUGACCGGUCAGGAGGUUGCAUAUGUUGAACACCUGCAGCGUAUUAUCGAGGACAGUCUGGCACGGUCCUUUUCCGAUCCGAUCAAGCUGGUGUACGGUGGACCACCGGAAGCGGAUGAUUGUAGUGAAACGGAGAAAAAUCUUCGCAAUCAGCGCGAACAGUACGAACUGAUACCGUGCGCAGUAACGAUGCUGUGGAGCAUCAUGCAGCGUGUGCUGGAGAUGUUCCAGUGCGAUAGCGGACGUUACCUUGAGCGUUUCAUGCUAAGCUCACCGAACGAGGACGAAGAUGAGACUGUGCCACCGGAGCUUGCCGUACUUCAGCGCUUUCUCGAGCCAUUCCGGGAACCCAUCCGGGGUCUCGCCUCGGACACGGGCGUCACCAUCAGUGAGGUUGUUCUGUGGCGCAAAAAACUCGAACUUUGCUUCCGUCCCGAGCCGGAAGAUGAGGAGGAGGUGCGGUUGCUGAAGGAACGGCUACUGGGACAGCUGCGGACCCACUUCCCGCUGCAUGACUAUCACCGGAUAGCGGUGUUUCUGGACCCCAAGUUUAAGGGGUUGCGCUUUCUGUCCGACGACGAGCGUGACGAAACGCUUGCCAAGGUGAAGCAACACCUGCACGCUGAUCUCGAAGGUAUCGAGCGAGUCAAACGGGGCCAGUACGGCACACACGGGGUCCGCAAGCGGCGCAGCUCACUUCCACCGUCCGAGUUGCGGUUCUACGAGUUUAUGGACGCAUCGCUCAAGCUCGAGUGUGACGAUGUGGUGGACGACGAGAUUCAGCAGUACGUGGACGUGAAGCUGGAGAGUGCGGUCGACAUAAUGUCGUACUGGCGAAACGAGACGGCAUUCCCGCUGCUGAAGCGCCUUUGCCGGCGUAUACUAAACAUUCCUGCGGCCUGUGAUGAGAUGCGGCAGCUGUUCGGUCAGACCGGGCAGCGUGAUCUGCAGAAAAGGCGGCUUGCGUUGAGCGAUCGCGAGCUGGACAUGGUGAUGUAUCUCCAUCAGAAUGUGAGCAGUCCGUGAGGGGGUACUGCUGGAUGUGAGAUCGAGAAGGAAAUCGAGAUGAAAAAAUAAAGUUUAUAUUUAUUAAUUUUUAA